AUGUGCUUCCUCACCCGUGGGCUGGCGCUGCUGCUGGGUGUGCUGCUGUGGGCGCCGUGGCGGGCGCUGCAUGGGGCACCACUGACAGAGCUCUCAGGGGACCAGGACUUCCAGCUCUUCCUGCAGAGGAACCUCGAGUUCACCCGCAAGAUCCGCGGGGAUGUGGCUGCGCUGCAGCGCGUGGUGUGUGACACCUUCCAGCUGUGCAAGGAGGACGAGCUGCUGCUGGUGCGGCAGGACCUGGACAUCGCACAGGUGCCGCUGGAGCAGUGUCACAAGCGCAGCUUCCAGGCAGAGACCUGCUUCAGCCAGAUCCGUGCCGGGCUCCGCGUCUACCACGGCUCUCUGGCCACCAUCCGGGCCCUGCUGCCCGGGCACUCUGGGCUGGUGGAGACCCUGCAGCUGGACAUGGCCAACCUGUCCUCCAACAUCCAGCAGCAGAUGGAGGACCUGGGCCUGGCCACAGUGACGUACCCCUCAGAGAACCAGGACCCUCUCCCCACCUUCUCCUCCCACUUCCACCACCAAGUCGGCGGUUUCUUCAUCCUGGCCAACUUCCAGCGGUUCCUGGAGACGGCGUACCGGGCACUGCGGCACCUCGCCAGCCUCUGA